GGCGCGCGGUGCCUGAGGGCGGGCGCGCGGGCGCUGGGCAGCCGCCGGCCGCGCUGCUUGCGCAGGCGCUGGUUCAGGACUCACUCGCCCCGCUGAGGCCCCCGGGCCUGUCAUGGAGCCGCCUACCGUGGAGACGCCCCCCGACCCCUCGGCCCCGGCCCCGGCCCUGGCCCUGGCCCUGGCCACGGUUCCGCUGCGCGCCCCGGAUGUGGCGCGGCUGCGCGAGGAGCAGGAAAAGGUGGUCACUAACUGCCAAGAGAGAAUCCAGCAUUGGAAGAAGGUAGAUAAUGACUAUAAUGCCCUUCGAGAAAGACUCAGCACCUUGCCUGAUAAAUUGUCUGAUAAUAUAAUGGUACCAUUUGGCCCUUUUGCCUUCAUGCCAGGAAAACUUGUCCAUACUAAUGAAGUCACUGUUUUACUGGGGGACAACUGGUUUGCAAAGUGCUCAGCAAAGCAGGCUGUAGGUUUAGUUGAGCACCGAAAAGAACAUGUAAGAAAAACAAUAGAUGACUUAAAAAAAGUGAUGAAAACUUUUGAAUCCAGAGUUGAAUUCACAGAAGAUUUGCAGAAAAUGAGUGAUGCUGCAGGUGAUAUUGUUGACAUAAGAGAAGAAAUUAAAUGUGACUUCGAAUUUAAAGCAAAACACCGAAUUGCUCAUAAACCGCAUUCCAAACCAAAAACUUCAGAUAUUUUUGAAGCAGAUAUUGCAAAUGAUGUGAAAUCCAAGGAUUUGCUAGCUGAUAAAGAACUGUGGGCUCGACUUGAAGAACUAGAAAGACAAGAAGAAUUGCUGGGUGAACUUGAUAGUAAGCCUGAUACUGUGAUUGCAAAUGGAGAAGAUACGACAUCUUCUGAAGAGGAAAAGGAAGAUCAUAACACAAAUGUGAAUGCGAUGCAUCAAGUAACAGACUCUCAUACUCCUUGUUAUAAGGAUGUUGCAAGUUCAGAACCAUUCAGUGGUCAAGUGAAUAGUCAGUUGAACUGUUCAGUGAAUGGUUCCAGUUCUUACCACAGUGAUGAUGAUGAUGAUGAUGAUGAUGAUGAUGAUGAUGAUGACGACAACAACAUUGACAACGAUGAUGGUGAUAACGACCAUGAGGCUUUAGGGGUUGGAGAUAAUUCUAUACCAACAAUAUAUUUUUCACAUACUGUUGAGCCUAAGAGGGUCCGAAUAAAUACUGGAAAGAAUACCACUUUAAAAUUCAGUGAAAAGAAAGAAGAAGCCAAACGUAAACGAAAGAACAGCACUGGCAGUGGCCACUCUGCCCAGGAGCUGCCGACCAUCAGGACGCCUGCAGACAUUUACAGAGCCUUUGUUGAUGUUGUGAAUGGAGAAUAUGUCCCUCGCAAAUCCAUCCUGAAGUCUCGAAGUAGAGAGAAUAGUGUGUGUAGUGACACCAGUGAAAGCAGUGCUGCUGAAUUUGAUGAUAGGCGGGGAGUUUUGAGGAGUAUCAGCUGCGAAGAAGCCACUUGCAGUGACACCAGUGAGAGCAUUUUGGAAGAGGAACCACAAGAAAAUCAACAAAAGAAACUUUUGCCCUUAUCAGUAACACCUGAGGCUUUUUCUGGAACUGUUAUAGAAAAAGAAUUUGUAUCACCUUCCUUAACACCACACCCAGCCAUUGCUCAUCCUGCACUACCCACUAUUCCAGAACGAAAGGAAGUUCUGUCGGAAGCAUCAGAAGAAACUGGAAAGAGGGUUUCAAAGUUUAAAGCUGCCAGAUUGCAACAGAAAAACUAGGCCCCGUCUAGGAAACGGGAAUUUACAUCCUAACACCUAGUUGUUCAUUUGUUUAGAAUAUCUAUAGCAAAAUAGGUUACAUAUAGUUUGAAAUAAGGUAUCCUGAGUUACUUUGGCAACAAGUUCUUUUACCCUUAUCAGUGGUAUUUGAAAAAAUCAAAGUAACUGUCUGAAUACUUUAAUAUUCAGCUUGUUUUGUUAAUUCUCUGAAUACUGUCAACACUCUUGUCUAAAUUUGCCUUUAUGAUGCAGUGGCAGCAUUUUGAAUUACUUUUCAAAGAAUACUGUUCAUAUGCAUUGUUUUUGUGUUUCAAACUAAAUACAGGCAGUUUUGUGCCAGCUGUGAUAUUGUGCAUACCAUAUGGACCAUUUUAAAGAAAAUUUUAAAAUUUCAAAUAGAUUCAACAAUUAUAUUACUUGCUUUCACAUUUUAAAGGCACUUUAAAAAAAUCUACUUCUCUUGUAGGUUUUGCGGCUAGUUGGCUAUUCAAGAAACCUCGCCCCUCUGAAUGUCAUACUGUAAUCUUUAAGGAAGAAAGCUACAUGAAUUAAUUGUACUCUAUGGGAAAAUUUCUUUGGAAAGAUAUUUUGUAAAACUUUUUUUUCCAAGUAAAAA